CCAGCUGCCACACAAUAACCCAUCUAUCCACAACACACACACGCACCAUGGUCUGAGAGUUAAAGAAGAGUGCCUGUUUCUCUAGAACUAACAAACAGAGGAGUGGAACCCGUCUCGCCUUCUUACUGAAGCCGUUCUAGCAUUAUACCCCUGUUUGGUUUUUUCACUUAUUUUCAAGUGCAUCAAGGAACUCUCAUGAAGGGAAGAGACGUGCUCCUUUGAGCGCCGCAGGUUCUGUUGCACGUGAAGACAAGAAGUUGAGCACACGAGCAGGUUUGAGAGAAGAGUGGAAACAGAACAAGGCUACUACACACAACCAUGAAGACAGAAGAGUCUGGUAAUCAGAGCUGGAAAAGAGCUGGAGAUCUGUUCUGCUUGCCUGGCAGUGAUUAUGACGGUAAAGGAAGAAGGACUCUGGUUCUGUCCCAUCCAGUGGUCUCAUUAGUGGGGCUGAUUUUGUUGGCCAGCCUCCCUUUUGGAGCAAGCAUCAAACAGAGCGUCCCCAGGGUCAAACUCAGCUACAAAGAAUUGCAGCAGGCUGGCAGCGUGUCUCUGUUUCCGAGCCCAGCCGAUGGCCUGCACUCCCACUCGCUGCUGUUGGACGAGGAGAGAGGACGUCUUUUGUUGGGAGCCAGGGAUCACAUCUAUCUGCUUGACCCUAACAAUCUGGCCAAAGCUCCUAGAAAGAUCCACUGGCCUGCUUCAAGGGACAGAGUUGAGGCUUGUAAACUGGCUGGCAAAAAUCCAAACUUGGAAUGUGCUAAUUUUAUCCGAGUCCUCCACAAUUACAACCGAACACAUGUCUAUGCCUGUGGGACCGGCGCCUUCCACCCCACCUGUGCUUUCGUUCAACUCGCUGGCCACAAAGAGGAUAUGGUGUUCCAGCUGCUGUCUGAUACGGUGGAGUCUGGCAGGUUGAAAUGUCCUUUUGAUCCCUUGCAGCCGUUCUCCUCAGUCCUCACGGAUGAGUACCUGUAUGCCGGGACAUCUUCAGACUUCCUGGGGAAGGACUCUACGUUCACACGCUCCCUAGGACCUCCGCCUGACCAGCACUACAUUCGCACAGACAUCUCCGAAGAUUACUGGAUCAACGAGGCCAAGUUCAUUUCUGCUCACCCCAUCGCCGACACGUACAAUCCAGAUGAUGAUAAGAUAUACCUUUUCUUCCACGAGGCGUCGUGGGAGGGCAACGACAAGAGCAUCCUCUCCCGAGUGGCUCGUGUGUGCAAGAAUGAUGUUGGUGGACGCAGGAGUCUGACCAAUAAAUGGACAACCUUCCUCAAAGCCAGGCUAGUGUGUUCUAUUCCCGGACCAGAUGGUGUGAACACGCACUUUGACGAGCUCCAGGACAUCUUCCUGCUCCCUACCACAGAUGACAAAAACCCUGUUGUGUAUGCAGUCUUCACAACUUCCAGCUCCAUUUUCCGUGGCUCAGCAGUGUGUGUCUACAGCAUGGCAGACAUUAGGGCUGUGUUUAAUGGACCCUACGCUCACAAAGAGGGGCCUGACCACAGAUGGGUCGAAUAUGAUGGAAGAAUACCUUAUCCUCGCCCUGGAACGUGCCCCAGUAAAACUUAUGAUCCAAGAAUCACGUCCACCAAAGACUUCCCAGACGAUGUCAUCAGCUUCAUUCGAUUCCACCCUCUGAUGCACCGCUCUGUGCACCCCCUGACUGGCCGUCCCGUCUUCACACGCGUCAGAGUGGAUUAUACCCUGACCCACAUUGUGGUGGACAAAGUAAUGGCAGAUGAUGGACAAUAUGAGGUUAUGUUUCUGGGGACAGAUGCUGGCUCAGUUCUGAAGGUGGUGAGCAUCACUCAAGAGAACUGGUCCACAGAGGAAGUAAUUCUGGAGGAGCUUCAGGUUUUCCAGGUUUCUUCCCCUAUCCUCACUCUGGAGAUUUCUUCCAAACAGCAGCAGCUGUAUGUGGGAUCCAGAGAAGGAUUAGCUCAGGUCUCUCUCAGCAGAUGUCACCUGCACGGUCAAGCCUGUGCUGAAUGCUGUCUGGCCCGCGAUCCAUACUGUGGCUGGGAUGGACACACAUGCUCACGAUACAUCCCUGCCUCUAAGAGGCGAGCCAGAAGACAGGACAUUAAACGAGGUGAUCCUGCUAUUCUGUGCUGGGGGACAGAAAACAGUCUUGGUGGAGGUCAAGUGGAGGAGAAGGUUCUCUUCGGAGUUCAGAACAACUCCACCUUCCUUGAAUGUGUCCCCAAAUCUCCACAAGCCCAAAUCCGAUGGUACGUCCAAAAUCCUGGAUCUGAACAUAGGGACGAGGUAAAACUGGAUGAACGUGUUGUCCACACAGACCGAGGUCUCCUGAUUCGCUACCUUCAACCUUCCGAUGUCGGUUUAUAUGUCUGUGUAGCACAGGAGCACUCACACUUCACCUACACUCUCCUCCAUCUCAAGCUACAGCUUAUCACACAUGGACAAUUGGACAAAAACCCCAAAGUUAAAGAGGACGCAGUUGUGGAGUCACGCAACGCAGCAGAGACACAUCAGCGCUACAAACACUACCUAACAGCAAUGCGCUCUCCCUUCCACUCUCUUGAAGAGUACUGUGAUUCACUGUGGCUGGAUAAGAGGUCAUCAAGGGUGAGGGGGAGAGGUUUGGGCAUCAGCAAGUGGAAACACAUGCAGGAAAUGAAAAAGAGCAGAAACAGGAGACAUCACAGAGACAGAGGGGAAGGUGGAGGAAGAAAGGGCCAGACGAGGGUGGUGAGGACAGCAGAGUGAGAUGGGCAUUUAUCACGUUAAGUGAUGAGACACAAAACUGUAAAGCUACAUUUUGCAUGUCUUGUUUCAUUGCAAGGACAGCAAUUUCACUGAUUUCUAAACACUCAAGCAGGUGAAUGUAGAGUUUGUAUUUUUGGUUAGAAAACAUUUCUUUAGUUAGAAAAUCAGUUAAAAUAUUCUGUUCUAAUUAUUUGGGAACAUUCCAAAGAGCUUCUGCUUUGAAUGACUUUGAAAUAUUGACGAAGAAAGAAAAAUGUACCAAAAGGAAAAAAAAAAACAUUACAUUUUGCAGCGCCUGACCUUUCUGAAUGGAUUUGUUUGAUCCAGAUUACUAAAGUUAUCAGUGAUAGCUUGAUAAUAUUAAAAAUGUGGUUGAAUUUGUGAAACUGGAAACAAUAAAAACAUCACGCAUUGCUCAUAGUGAAGUCUUUGCAAUAAUGUCAAAUGAUUGUAAAUAUUUAUGUACAGGAGAUACAGCAUGCUUAUUUUGGCACAUUACCAAAUAUUAUGUCUAGAGAUAAAGUAUGUGUUUUUAAAACAUAUUGUUGUGUUUUUGUACAAUUUCUCUUCACUCUAAUUUUGAUUAAUGUUGUCACAUAUCAGCAUUUAUGGAAGUUAUUUAAAUAAAACUUGUAACAGAACUUGUGUCAUAGAAAAAAGUUUUGUUUACUGUGGUGCAUCUAAUGCUCCAGUUUCUACAGGACUUGCAUGAUUUCAUCCUCAGAACAUAUCUUGCAAAUAAAAAACUAAAUAGCUGAUUGAAUUUAGGGGCAGAACAAUAAAGUUUUAAAUAAAAGAAUGCUGCGAAGGCAUCAUUGUCAGAGGAGUGAGGAUAAACAUUUUCUAAGCAAACGUCCCAGAUCUAUUUUUAUAUUUCGACUUACAUAACAAUGCAAAUCUUACAGAGUGCACUCAUGUAUAAAUAUAACAAAAACUGUGUGCAAAACAAUGUUACAAUCACAAUAGCUUGAGUGAUGUGAAACAUUUACCUCUUGUGUUUAGUUUCGAGUAUGAUGGAAAUGUGCCUCAACACCAUCUCCAAUGAUUCCAUCUCUCUGCAAGCAAAUGUCAUCCCUCUUCUUGUAACAAAGACAAUAAAUAUUUUAGAUUCUU